AUUGUUUCUACGAGCAAAGAGAUUAAUUAUAAUUAACUGCAAUUAUUUAUAAACUUUACUAACUUUUUUUUUACUGCAAGUUUAGUAUUGUUAGCAAUUUAACAAAUUCUUUUUCAUUCAGAUUUUUCAAAAUAGUGUUUUUUUAAUUACAAAUGUAAUUUGAGAACUUCUGCAAGUUAUGAUUAAGACCAAUGACGAACGACAAAUUUAAGGUGGUCAUCAUAGUAUUAGCGAGUUUAGGGGUGACAGGAGAAAAUCCAGAAUCGGAAUUGGUAUCAGAUGAUGAAUAUUUUAUAAAUCCAACUGAAGAAUUUUUGCCAGCAACCUUAUCACCAGGAGCUUUUGAGUGCCCCUCAUCAAAUUUAAUUCGCACUCGAUAUAAGUGUAAAAGUUCAAAAAAUGAGUGGGUGGACUGCUCAAAACCACAUUGUUGCCCUGGAUAUAUAUUUAUUGGAGGUCACUGUAUUGCAAAAGGAAAAGACCCUUGUACCUUGAACCUUUGUGAACAACGAUGCAGUCUCUUAUUACAGAGAAUUAUUUGCACCUGCUGGGACGGUUACAGGUUCAGUCCUGAGAGGCAAAAACGAGGGGUGAAGCCGGUAUGCGUCGACAUUGACGAAUGCGUCGAAAACAGUGCGGAUUGCGAACAGCUUUGUAUUAACGAACCAGGAGGUUUUUCCUGUGGUUGCAAUGACGGUUUCGUUCUGAGAGGGGACAAUAAGACCUGCGACAACUUGAAGGAUUUUGAUCGAGAGAAACCGGAAAUCAGAGGAAAUAACGAUGCAGCCGCGGCAGCUACAAGAUGUUACGCCAGCUGCGAUUCUGUCGCUCAUUUACACGAUAAGGUGAGAAAAUUGCAAGAAAAAGUGUUGACAUUGGGGACUGCUAUCAAACUUUCGAGUCAUUUUUCUGGAACAGUUGAUGCAAAUGCUUCUUCAGUGUCUCCAGGAGUUUCGAAAUCUAAGGGAACAGAUUCCGGAAGUGAUUUAAAUUUGACAGCGGAAGGCUAUACUGGAGAAGAUGAAAAAACCUAUUCUAUUCUUGAUAGUUUUGUUCAAACGGAUGCAGGCUACUGUAAAUGUCAACGAGGACCUGUUGGACCUCCCGGUCCUCCAGGAUCCACGGGACAAAAAGGAGAAACUGGAGAAAAAGGAACAAGGGGUCAAAAAGGGGCAGCUGGGAGCUUUGACUUCUUAUUGUUUUUGUUGGCCGACAUCAGACACGACAUUGUGCUCUUGCAAGAAAAAGUUUUCAGUGGAGAAACACCUCCACCAAAGUUGGAUUUGCAAGGAAUUUUAAGAAAACAUCGACUGGCUAAGGAGAGGAACAAGCUCAAGGAAGGAUCUUGGGAUUUAACAACAAGAGAGGCUACCGAAGAUUUAGAAGAAGAAAUUGUAAAUUCUGGAUGGGAUCAGUAUGAAGAUUAACUGAAUUUUUUGAGAAAACUAGAAAGAGAUUUAGAGAAAUGAAUUUGAAAAAAAAUUUAUAUUGUAAAGG